AUGAAAACGGGUAGCGUAAUUUUACGAGCAACGCGAGUUUACACUGUGGAUAAUUCAUUUAAAUGUGACAAAUCAUUAUCUACUACAGAUAAUGAACAUUCUAAUGUAAAAGAAUGCCGGCGAGGUAGACCGCGAGCUGACGCUGUCACCACUAUGAUUCAACAAGGUAGUUCAUCCCCGAGUGCUAUUAAAUGUAGAUAUUGCAUGAGAGUAUUUCCCAGAGAAAAAUCUUUACAAACUCAUGUCAGAACUCACACAGGUGAGAAGCCUUAUAUCUGUGACUAUCCAGGAUGUCCAAGGGCAUUUACUCAAAGUGGCCAUUUAAAAACACAUCAGCGUCUUCACACUGGAGAAAAACCAUUUAAAUGUCCUGUUAUUGGAUGUGAAGCUAGAUUUAAACAUGCAAACAGACACUGUACAGUCCAUCCAACUGCAACAUUAGUUAGAGAAACUGAUAGCUCAUUAGGUUUUAAUGGUAGUGGUAUAAUCGAAAGCCCUGUUCAAAGUGCUGAAGUGAUUCGUUGGUUGGAAAGAUAUAAGAAAGAAAGAAUGAUAACACCCUACAGUAAAAAAGGAGAAAAGAAAUCAAGGAAUUCAUCAUUGUCUGAAGAUUUGGAAAAUACAGAAAGUCACUGCAAAACAAAAGUAUGCAAAGAAUUACUCGAAGAUAUUAAUUCGGUUAAAGAAAGUUUUAAAAAUUUAAGUCCGAGAAAAAAAUUAGGUGAUAUUGUCAAUAAUACUGUUAUGGUUGAUGAUGAAAUAUGUAGAAAUUAUGUUGAAAUAGUAAGAAACCCAAAACCAGGAUGUUCAAAAGAUUUAGAUAGAGAUGAACUUAAAAGUCUUAAAAUUAAACCCAUUUCGCUGCCAUUAUCAAUUAAUGACACAGAAAUCACAAAAUUAGAACCAGUGAAGAAACGUUGGCUGCGAGAAGCCUACCAAGAUUCAUCCAAAUGGGAAUACAACUUCAUACAACCAAUUAACUGGGAGGAAGAAAAUUCUGAAGGAACAGAGACAAAAGUACUGUCAUAUGAAAAUUUCAAUUCAGUUCAGAAAAGUAAUAUAUCAGUUAAAAAUUGCAUACCAAAAACUCAGUUUACAAUUAAUUCCAAUGCCGCUAAGAUAAAAUUAAAUGGUAUCUCGAUAAAAAAACCUGAAAAUUUGAGCAUUGGUAAUGUCUGCGAGGAAAAAAAAGGAUUUAAUAAAAUAAUAAAAUUGAAAAACAAUAUGGAAACUGUAAAAAUUUUUACAGAUCCUCAAGACAUAAAUAGUGUUCAUGAUAAUUAUGCUAAUGAUGGUGACCACAGUGUUAGAUUAUUACAUGAAGAAGGUCAACAGUUAAACAAAACUAGGCCAACUGUAUUGAUGCAUUCUGGUCAGUGUAAAAGUGAAUCAGACAUAACAAAUAUUAAUGAUAAAUAUUUAUCACAAAACCAAGUAUCAGAUAAUAACAAUUUUAAAGAAUUUGCCGAUUUGAAUAAUAGCAAUAAUAGUGAGUUAAUUAAUUUAAAUAAUAAUAAUAAUAAUAAUAAAAAGCGUAAAAUUGUUUUUUCUAAUGUUUCCGGAGUGAAAAACCAAAAAAUAGCUGAAGAUUCCGAUAUUUCUACUGCUUUGUUACUCAUGGAAUUAUCAAAAUAUCCUUCUCCCACGAGUAAAAUGCAAAUAUGA